AUGGCCUUUCAAGUUCAAAUGUCCGUGUUGGACAAUUCAGACGGUUCGGCAGAGUUAAUAAUAGGAAAUACAAAAGUGAUAGCGUCCGUGUCCGGCCCUAUUGAACCUAAACAACGUCAAGAAUUACCUAAUCAAGCAAGUUUAGAAAUCAUAAUUAGACCAGCAAAGGGGUUGUCGACAACUAGGGAAAAGUUAUUGGAAGAUAAGUUACGAGCUUUGUUACAAUCCAUUAUUAUAAGAUACAAAUACCCUCGUCAAUUGAUUCUGAUUGUUGUGCAAUUUUUAGUCACUGAUGAAGAUCCAAAAUUCACUGCCAAUGAAUUGAAUGCUGCUAUAAAUUGUUGUUAUUUUGCCUUGAUUGACGCUGAUAUCGCUUUAUAUUCUUCAUUUGCUUCAGUUGUGUCCUGCAUAACUGAAAAUAAGUUGAUACAGAACCCUACAGGAAAGGAACUUUCCCAAAGUGAUUCUCAUCAUGUUGUAUGUUUUAACAUUCAAGAAGGUAAAGCUGACAAGAUCUUACUUUUGGAAAGUCAGGGUGAAUUUGUUCAAGAGGAAUUGUUCAAUUUAUUGUCAGAAAGUGUCAGUAAUGCUGAGGAAUUGCAUACUCUCCAGCGGAAGUACUUGAAAGAGAAGAUCGACCAAGAUUAUAUAUGGAAGUAA